AUGUCGACCCUGUCUUCUCUACUAGUCCUGCCGGUGCUGUGCCUAGCAUCCAUCCCGCUGAUUCUCUCAGCAUGGGCCACCGUCUCAAUCGCUAUGGUAGCCCUGCUCGCACGCCUCGCAGUGGUCUAUAUUGAAGUAGGCUGUGGACUGCUCAUGAGCUAUUUUAUUAUUCCGACCUCGUCCACUUCCUCGCUACUCACAUUCAACCCCUCGGAACCUCCCAGUCCUGCCUUGGGCAGAUCGCGAAGGAACUCAGUCUAUACCCAUAACCAUGCCCGCAAAAGCACCGACUCGCUACCUUCCUGGGCCAUUAGCGGGAUCCCAGAUGAGCGCAUAUCCAGAAACAAGAAUACAUAUUCUCGCAUAAUGGCCGAGGCCCAUAAUUUAUCUCCCGCAACACCGCUGCUCGGGUUGCCCGUCAGCGGAGACGAGCAGCGCGACUUCGAGAGUGUGGGUGGUUGGCGCUCAUACUCGGGUAUAGCAGCGUCCUCGUCGUCAAAGCGGCGCGGUUCAGUGCCUGCCCGCAACGAGAAAUCGCUCAACUCGGCAUCUUCUUCAUCGGUCCAUAGUCUCGGUGGUACCGGAGAGGAUGGUCUCGACCCCGAUAUCGAUGCAGACGAGCGCGCAUGGCUAUCUCUCAAUCGCCGCUUGGAGCUUCCCUCGCAAGUAAUCAUGCUAGGAACGGGCUCUGUCUCUGCCAGUGCGGUCAAUAGCCCCAGUGACUCUCGGUCUCCCCCUCUCAGCCGCACGCGGGCCAAUAACCCCCAAGCCCUAACGACAUCCGCGUGGCAUCAUCAUCCCAGACAACACCCCCACCAUCACCAAGAGCAGCGGAACCACCAUCGCUCAAAGACAACAUCUUCCGUGACGACAUCCGACAGAAAAACGGGAACUGGACUGUCGAUCGCGCUAUCCACCCGUCCAGACCAUGCAAGCCCCAGUUCAUCGGCAUCCCCGUCAGUAUCGCGAUUGCCCACACCCUUCAUGACGCCGCAGCCCUAUUCCUUUUAUUCCAGCUCAUAUCCCCAACAACAACGCUCAUUGGCCAGACGUCAACAAGCAGCAGCAAGUACGGCCCCCCAACUAAAUCUCUAUCCUUCCGGCGGUGGACGAGAUGGAGGAAGCUACUUCGCCCUCCCAACAGUGGGACCUUCCUCGACUCACCAGCAUGGAGCGACGAGUCCUCUUUCUCUUCAGAGCGCAUUCACUUCCCCUGGGUCUAUGUCAGUCGAAGAUCGGGAUUCGUCAUUCCCAAAUUUAAACCUGGCGAGGUCGAUGGCGCAUUAUCCUACCAGUGUCCGCCAUCGGAGACGGAGUCUCUCGGGACCGCAUUCGAGGGGAGGGAGUACUGCAGACCGUUGA